AUGCCCCAACGUUUCAAAAACGCGGCGGGACUCCGAUUAUGCUUGCCAAUUCUGGGUUUUCUGAUAGCGCUGGCAUAUUCUCAGACUUCGGCACCGAUAUUCUCAGAGGAAGAGCAGACGAAAAUAGUUAGGUUGCACAACGAUCUGCGGGCAAAGGUGGCGCAAGGAGAAUUCGUUAACAAGCACGGAAAACGCUUCCCAAUGUCGUCGAACAUCAACCUGCUGGACUGGAGCCCGACUCUAGCCGAUCAGGCUCAGAAACACACCGACAAAUGCGGUAGUCAGUACACACUGAACGAGGAUUACCUCUAUGGCGAGAAUCAGUUUAUGGUUGCUGGCAGCGAACAGCAGAUCAUUAAUGCAACCAAAGCCAUCGAGACGUGGGCCGAUGAGCUUUACCAAAUUAAAUGGUACAACGCGCCGAUGUUUGACAUGGGGAUUGCAAUUGAGAAUAUCAAGAAUGCCACGCAGAUGAUUUGGUGGAACCUGAAGCUAGUCGGCUGCGGCGGUACGCUUUGUAAUGGCGGGACGAGGGUGAUAUUCGUCUGCCGGUAUUCAGAGACGGGACUCAUCAUCGGGAACAAUUCGUACCCGACGGGCCCCCCUCUGCUCGGGUUGUGGUCGUGCGCCGAGGUGGCGGUG